AUCUCUCAAUGUCUCAACUUCGAUCUUUGAAAUUUUUUUUUUAUUUUUAGAUUGUUAUAAAAAAUGAGAUUUGGCAACUUGGAAUUUUUUUCAAUCGUCAAAGCACUCUGCGCCAUUUUAUACAAACCGUUGACCCAAGAGGUGAAAGUUGAAAGCAUGUCUGAUUUUAAAUCAGUUUUGGUACAAGUUGUGUAUUUUGGCGAUCGUACAUGUGACUAUGAGGUUACAUUUCAGUCUUCUAAACGAGGGGAACCUGAGCUUAUGAUGUUAGAGCAAAAGUUGUGUUCUAAAUCUAAGGAAAUAAAAGAUUUCGUUGGCAAAGGAGGAGCAUGUGAAUUUUUCAAAGAAAGUGAAAUUUUCCCUGGUCGUUGGACCCAAUUUGGUGAUUACUCGCCAGUGAAGCACAAAGUAACGAUAAGGUGUAACCUGGGGAAUAAAAGAAAACUAAGUUUUUCUGAGUUACCACAACAACAAGAGAAAUACCAAAGGAAAUUAAGGGAAUCUGAAACACAACUGCAACAGAAUGGUUGUGAAAUAAAUAUUUUCACUGAUGUGGGAGAAAGAGUGAAGUUUUCUUCGAACUCAUUAACCGAAAAACAUUCAACACCGUGUAGUACUUCAUCAUUUUUCAACAAUGAACAACACUCUGAUGAAGGUUUUAGCCCUUUACUUACCAGUACAGCUAUUGAUACCAAAAAAAAAUUAACUUCUAAGUCCACGGAUAGAUUGAAACAUUGUUUAUCACCAUCGAUGUUUUCAGAUAAUAGUACUGAUGAUGAAGCACUGUCUGUUGAAGCAAUGACUUUUGGGUCUCAAUACUGCCAAAAAAGGAAGAAGGUGAAGUCAAACCAGAAUAGUAAUCAACAACCAUCAACUUCUUCUUUGGAUUAUAAUACUGAAAAAUAUGAAGAAUUGGAUUACAAAAGCACCCUGAAUAACGGGAUAAGAAACAAGGUUCAGUCUGUCUCUAAAAGUAAACAGACUUCAUCACAACAUCUUCGGCCAUUCGAGAGACUGGAUUUCGGCAAAUGGAAAUUACCGAACAAUUUCGGAGUCGUAGUUAACAAAAUAUUGCAGAAGAGAGGAAACCUGAGUGAGGCUAAUUUGUCUCUUGUGUGCCGACGUGUUGUGGAUUCCAUCGAAGAAUUUUCUUUAUGCCCCUGUGGGAAUUCAUUAAGGCUGGUGGUACAGCAAAUGUUCACUACCUACCCAUCAACACUUAUAAAUCCGAAAGAUCCAGUAGCAUCUUCGCAAGCUAUAGUAGGUAAACUACAGAGAAUUCUAUCUAGACGAAGACAAGCUGCAGGCCAAACCUUUAGUACUAAUGGAGGAAGACUUUUCCUGGAAAACAAGAUUUCCUAUUUGGAUCCAGGUAUACAUUCUGAAAGUGCAGGCAAUGCAGAUGACAACCUCGACAUGGCAUCUUACAAAAUUAAUUAUGAAAAGUUGAUUAAACUGUACAAAGACAGUGGAAGUACAGGGGUACUUAAGUCACUUUGUAAGCUUACUUUCAAAGGUCGGCGUUAUGAGAUCACCAAAGGUUAUAUAACAUCUCCAGAAGACAUCUUGAAAACCAGGUGCCCGUUGUUGAACCAGCAACAUUAUCUUUACGCUGAACUUGACCUAAUACUUGGAUCUGGUACUUGCAAAAAUUUCAAAAAAAAAUGGGAAGACAUUGUACCAGUAGUGAUAGCAGUUGCCCGUAAAUUUCACAAAAAUACAGCGGUGAAAAAAUACUAAACCGUUACCAAUCUUCAAUAGAAAACAAAUGUUUCGAAAGUGAAAGUUGUGCGGUACUUGAACUGCUACCGGUCAUAAUCUCUGCAAAUAAACGAAGUUGCACAGCCGGAGACUAUUUUUUUGAUGUACACGAGGAUUCAUCUAAUAUUGCUUCGGCCAUUAAGAAGCACAAGAGAGAGACGACCUUCAUUUUGAAAAUUGGGGAUACUAGCUACACAGUUAUUGUGGAUUCCACCAUCCCGUUCAUCGAGUCUGCGUGUAGUACUGAAGCUCUCCU